AUGUUAAGAAUCAACGCCGCAUUCGACUACAUCGCCAGCAACGGCGGCCUGUCAACCGAGUCGGACUACCCCUUCGAGGAGGCCGACGGCAGCUGCAGCCCCGAGCGGGCGGGCACCCGCGCCGGCGAGAUCAGCGGGUACGAGAGUGUCCCGGCCAACGACAAGGCGGCGCUGCUGAACGCGGUGGCGAACCAGCCCGUGACCGUGGGAAUCGACGCCGGCGGGGCGUUCAAGUUCCACCGCAGUGGCGUUUUCACGGGAGAUUGCGGGACGAAUCUGAACCACACGGUGACGAUCGUGGGCUACGGGAGAGUGGCGACGGGAUGA